AUGGGAAAGAAAUCAUUGAAACUACUAUCACUGUUCAAAACCAAGGAAUCACCACCAAGUAAGCAUCAUCGAUGGAAGUUGUUACCCUCUUGUGGCCAACAAAAGACCCUUCCUUUCAAAGCUGGUGAUGACAUCUUCAAGAAAGUUAACACUGUCUUCUUUGACCCUGAUCAUGAAAUCAACACAGUUGAAACUACUCCCCAUGAGUCCUGUUUCACAACCUCGUCUGAAUCUGCAAGCUUCUCAGCAGACUCAGAACACAACUAUGAUGGUGAAUCUUUGGAGAUGUUCCUACGUGGGGUGAGGUCAGAGAGGCUGUUUUUUGAGCCUGGUAACACAAGCUCAAUCUUGGAGAAUGCUAAUAAGGUUGGUGUGUUUCCAUUCAAGGAAAGUGUGUUGCUAGCUAUGGAGUCAGAGGAUCCAUAUGAAGACUUCAAAAGGUCAAUGGAGGAGAUGAUGGAGACUCAUGGAUUAAAGGAUUGGAAGUGUUUGGAGGAGCUUUUGAGUGUGUAUUUGAGGGUUAAUGGUAAGAACAAUCAUGGGUUUAUAGUGUUGGCUUUUGUUGAUUUGCUACUUAGUUUAGCUGAAGAAGAUUCUCGUGAUUCUUGUUCUAAUCAUUCCACUUCAUAUGACUCAGCUGUUUCAUCUUUUGCUUCUUCCCCAUUGUAUCUAUCAGAUGGUCAGAAUGAGAUUAUUGACCAGCAUGAAGAUAUAAUAAGGUCUUAA